GUUACUGCCGCAAAGGAUCGUGGUACUGUGGUGAAUAGUGUCCGCCAUAUUUUUUGGUUGAAAUGAAAGGAUCGAACAUUUUCAAAAUCGUUUUUCAAGGAUUUUACCAAAAGUGAUAGGACACUUGUAGUAUAAUCAUGAAGUAGAUAACAUUAUUUAUCUAUUUUUGCUACCUUUCGCCGAAGAAAAUUCGGUUGAAGACGGGAAACAAAGACAUUCCCGUCUGAAUCGUACGGGGUCACGGGAGAGUAGCGCGUGCUCAUUGGAUCAACAUGAGUAAGCUAUCGUUCAGGGCUCGUGCCCUGGAUGCCUCAAAACCCAUGCCAAUUUAUAAAUCUGAGGAGCUACCAGAUUUACCCGAUUUUUCGGCUAUCAAUCGAGCAGUUCCUCAAAUGCCAUCUGGUAUGGAAAAAGAGGAAGAAUCGGAACAUCAUUUACAGAGGGCUAUUUCUGCACAGCAAGUAUACGGUUCAGCCAAUCAUUUGGUUAUUCCUACACCGGAUUGUAAAUUCAUUAACAAGGAAAAUUAUGAACAAGUCUACGAGGGUACAUUUAAGCAACCAAGGCAGUAUAUCCAUGUGCAAACAUUUGGUAUGGAACAAGAAACUCCGGACUACGAUAUGGAUUCAGAUGAUGAAGAAUGGGUUAAGAAACAAGCCAAGACAUUUGACAUCACUUCACAUCAGUUUGAAGAGAUGAUGGACCGGCUUGAGAAGGGCAGUGGGCAAACGGUUGUGAAUCUGAAAGAAGCAAAACUACUACUAAAAGAAGAUGAUGACCUUAUCAUUGCAGUCUAUGAUUAUUGGUUGAAUAAAAGAUUGAGUACAGGUCAUGGUUUAAUACCUACUGUGAAACAGGAAAAGCGAGAUGGCUCAACAACUAGUAACCCUUACGUGGCGUUCAGGAGGCGGACGGAGAAAAUGCAGACAAGGAAGAAUCGCAAAAAUGAUGAAGCAUCGUACGAGAAAAUGUUAAAACUUCGGAGAGAUUUAAAUAGAGCUGUAACCUUACUUGAAAUGGUAAAAAGAAGAGAGAAGUACAAAAAGGAAAAACUACAUUUAACAAUAGAGGUAUUUGAAAAACGGUACACUACUCAGGACUUCAGUGGCGAAUUGUUACGUGAAUGCGAAGAAUUGGCCAAGAAACAACCAUCCUACUCAAUCCCUAUUAUACCUAAUGGCAACCACUACAAGUCAUGGGGUCAAACAGAGGAUGGUGUGAGGAAGAAACGCGAAUAUAAGAAACGCAAGCAUAAAGUGAGUACGGACAAGCAGAGACAACGUAACAUGUUACCGAUGUUCAAUGAUCUAGACCCACGAUUCCGUGACUACCGACUAUCUGAUGAAGAUAUUUCUCCAGUGCAAUCAAUUUCUGAUCAGGAAGAGGAGAACGAUCCUGAUGGUCCCUUUGCCUUCAGACGAAGGAAGGGCUGCAAUUAUCAUGCGCCUCAUCCACGUCUUGUGUCAGGUUGGCCAUGGUCAAAUCAACAUAUCAAAGACAUAUCAGAUAAACGAUACCGCUACUGUUGUACCUCACUAAAAGUCAAAGAUACUAGUAAAUGUAUUGGUUUUGCGAGAAGAAGAAUGGGCAGGGGAGGAAGAAUCGUGCUUGACAGAGCAUAUACAGGAGUUGACGAUCAGCUUCGGAAAAUGGAUACAUCUGUUUUCAACCCUGAAAUUAAACAACCAUCAUCUUGGCAACAGUCCGUGUCAUUAAGCACUCAUUCACUUGAUGAUAGAGGGCGGUAUAGGGGAGCAUCGCAAUCAAGUACUUGGCCGUCCCCAACAGAAAGUCUUCCACCUUUAGAAAGGAUAAUAGCAGAUAUACGAGCAAGCAGAAUGCCUCAUUAUAGACCAAAGACACCACCUCCUAAGGAGGUACUCAACCUAGAUCCUCCAAAGCCUACUGUUUUGGAAGAUAAUUUACUAACAAAUUUCUUGACGCAAGCAUCAAGCAAACCUCCGCAGCAGAUUCUCUCAGAUAUGGACACGUGUGAGGAGUUAGCAUCAACACUUUCGAAAGACAAAGUGAUUACCGAUGUUGAUUCACAGACAAUAGAAGUAGAUGUAGGGAGUCCGACAUCUUACAAUAUGAACGGAUGUUUUUCAACACUUCCUACAUCUAAAUUCACAUUGGAACCUAGCAGUUGUGCGAAUUCGGUUACAGUACCAGUUGUUGAGCAGGUGCCGCUACUGGUUCAACCGGAGAGCUCAUUAAAUUCACGAACUUCAAAUGAAAUUGAAAAUAAAAAUAAUAGUCGAGUUACACUUGAACCUGUAGUAGAGGUUACUGGACGAGGUCCUAUAUUAGCAACCCAAGGCCAUUCCACUGCACCGGCUGCUACUGUAUUACAACUGAAUUAUCCGUUACCGACGGCUGUAAAAAUUCCCCAACAUUCAAAUCAGCAUAUCACCUCAGAAUCAAAACACACGGUCACCAGCAGUGGCACUAACAGCCUAGUGAACAAUUCCAUAGAGUUGACAUCAAAAACAAAGACAAAUAAUGAUAGUAUCGCUGACGAGGCUAUUAAACCGGGCCUUAACUUAAAGAUGGUGUCCUCGGUAAACUCAAUUGUAAAUAAGCCACAAUCUAUGCCAUCUUCAACGGUUGUCAGGUUCACGUCUUCAUCAAGUAAAAUUGGCAGUCUGUCAAGUAAUCAUGAUGGGGCUGGUGGUCUAGGGAACCCAGUAAAACAAGAAAAAGCUUUAGUAACUGAAGUAACGUGAAGGCAGAAAAGCACACACCAUUCAGGCUAAUGAAUUCAUCAUUCAAAUGCUCCAUCGCCUCGGCCAAAAUAAUGAUAUUAUUGACGUGGAUCGCACUAAUGUUUGCGAAACUAUAGGAAAACAUGAUACAAGAUGAUGGUGUAACCCAAUGCUAGCCAGAAACAAGACAUCAACCGUGCUGUGAAGUCAGGUUUUUACACUCAUCAGCAUUCAAUAUUCAAUUUUCUCUAUUUGCCUGAUUUCAAAUGCGUACAUAGAAAAAAAUACUAAACUCAUUGGUUUAUCUACACAUGGACUGAAUUAUGCUCUUCCAUUUUCAGGCCUAGCUAGCAAUUGGGAAGUUACCAUUGAAAAGGAAAUCACUUUUUGAAAUAUGUGUCUGCAGUAAAUGAAGCUGGUUGCCAUUAGUGUCAAAGGUUAAACAUGCCCCUAAGUAGUAGUAAUAGGUAGAUAAAAAUGGCCCCUCUAUAGAUAAUAUGGCUCCAAAUGGUGAAUGCUCAUAUUGUUACCAGUUAAUAUAUUCCAAGUGGAAAAUAGGUAGAAAUUGUCCUACUAAAUAUGGUCUCUUUUUUUAAGUACAGUUGAUAGAAAUGUCUUAAAGUAAAAAUUGCUGCAUGUAGUAACUAGAUAAAUAUAUCCCCAAUAUAUAUGGCCAUUGGUAAGUGAAAAUGGCCCUAGGAAUAUGAAAGGAAAAACCAAAAAAACAAUUCUUUCCAUAAUUUGGACAGUAUUUAUAGGUAUUAAAACACAUACUGUACAAAGCAACAGAAUAUGUUUUUAUGAAUGAGUAAAUGGAAGAAUGCCAGUUUAUAGUUAAACCAAAUGAUAUGGUCUAAUCUAAAAGCAGUCAAUUAAAUGUAACAAGUGUAGCACUGUUUUACAUAUUUUCUUUCUAAACCAAAAAUUUAUUUUAUACAUUCAUGAGAAAAAAAUUUAGUGCAUGGAAUUAAUUAAUUUGUCGAUGUAUUACACAUUAGGUUAAUAAAAUGAUAAGAAAAUAAUAAACUUAAAAAAUUAACCAUUUCUUCUUAAAUAACAGUAGAUAAACAAUGUAGGUUGAAAUGGUGUUUUGAUUUGAAAUAUUGAAUAAAUUGAAUUGGCUAGUUUAUCCAGUUAGUUUUGGGGAUUUAUAAAUUAUCAGAUAUACCAUUUACUGUAGAAUUAAUAAUGUUGUCCAAAUGUGCUGUAUUAAAUUUAUUAGAUGCACUUCUUGUGAUUAAUGAAUGUUUAUGGACAAGGCAUGUUUGUGACCCAAAUAUAAAUGAAUUUCAAAAAUCUAUUUUUAAAUUAACUAUAAACAUUAAUAUACUUAAAGCAUGUAUCACUAUAAACCAAUCAUGAAUGUUGUUAAUUAUUGAUUAAAUAAAUUUA